CUCCACAGCCACCACCGCUUCUUUUAUUUAUCUCUUCUCCACCAACUGCGCCUGAUUUUGCUCCGGCUGUUGUGCUCGGGAGUUACUGAUUGUUUAAGCAAUGUCCGGUUUAGAGAAGUCUCUCUUCAACCUGAAGUUCACGGCCAAAUCGCUGAACAAGCAGGCCAACAAGGCAGCCAAAGAUGAGCUAAGAGAGAAAGAAAAGGUGAAGAAGGCGAUCCAACAGGGAAACAAUGAUAUCGCGAAGCUCUACGCCCAGAAUGCUAUCCGCAAGCAGAGCGAGCGCAUGAACCUAUUACGUCUCGCUUCCCGUAUCGACGCUGUCGCUAGUCGUGUGCAGACCGCUGUCACCAUGAGAAAUGUCACCGGAAAUAUGGCAAACGUUGUCAAGAACAUGGAUCGUGCAAUGGAGAGUAUGAAUUUAGAAAAGAUGUCAAUGGUCAUGGAGAAAUUCGAGCAACAAUUCGAAGACCUCGACGUCACCACAUCAUACUACGAAGAAGCAGGCCAAGUCAACAACGCCGUCGCAGCGCCACAGGAAGACGUCGAUCUGCUGAUGCAAAAAGUCGCCGACGAAGCUGGGUUGGAAAUGCAACAAACCCUCGAAGUCAAUACCCCUGCAAAGGGCAAAGUUGGACCGUCGCCUACCGAGGUCGAGGAGGAUUCUUUGGGCGAGCGACUUCGUGCUCUUCGUGCUUAAUCUCAGUUUUAUUGUAAUCUUUUUUUUCUUUUGUUAUCUAGUUUAUCGUUGUUUUAUGUUUCAUUAGUCUCUGGAAAUUAUAUGGUUAAUAGUAUUGGUAGUGGCAUGGUCUGAGAAGAAAAACUAU